AUGGUGAAGUCACCGCCAAAAUUGUUGGAUUCGGAAGCAAAAGUGAAAGAGCUUAUUGACUAUGAGGGACAGAUCUGGAAUUUAAUUUUGCUAAGAGAAUUAUUCAAUGUAGAGGAUCAGUUGGCCAUACAAGAGGUCCCAUUCAAUUGCCUAAAUAAGCCGGAUAAGUUGGUAUGGAGAGGGACUCAAAAUGGAAAAUUCUCGGUAAGAAGUGCUUAUCAUAUGUUAAAAGAGCAAGAGAGUGGACUACAACCUGAGAGCUCAAGUAGAAAGGGUUUGGAGGCUGAAACUAUGUCCCAUGCUUUGUGGGAAUGUCCGGCGUCGAGAGAUGUAUGGGGAGCUAGCCACAAGGUCUUCCAGAAGAGUAGCUCUACAGGGCCAGAUUUUCUCCAGGGCACUUUCGUCCACCCAGAUUCUGUGGUUAGAAACGCUGAACAGGCAGUGCAUGAUUCUGAGCAAGCAAAUCAGCUUGAACACCAGCAAAAUGUGCCCAAUACGCAAAGUCAAGUUCGGUGGACCAAACCGGAAACAGGGUGGAUUAAAGUAAAUGUGGAUGCAGCUUUGAAUAAAAAAGAAGGAGUGAUGGGCUUCGGUCUAGCCAUGCGUGAUCAAGAAGGAAUAUUCUUAGCUGCAAAAUGCAUCAGAAAAAGGGGCUUAUGGGAUCCAGUUGUGGCUGAGGCUUUGGCAUUCUACCAUGGGACUGUAUUUGGGAGAGAGAAAGGAGUGCAGCAUAUUAUUAUCAAAGGUGAUGCAAAGCAAAUUACUGAUGCUAUCCACGAGAAGGGGCUGAACACUAGUAAGGUGGGAGACCUGAUUGAUGAUGUCAAGCUAAAUUUAAAUAAAUUUUCUAGGUGGCAAGUUAAGCAUGUACAUCGUGAGGGGAAUAGGGUGGCUCAUGGCUUAGCACGACUGGCCCUUCAACAGGUCAAUGAUACUGAAUAG